GUGCCUUGCUAUGCUUACCAGCCGACGGAGGCAGAGGACCAGGACUUGGAAGGUUUCUGUGGGGAAGAGUUCGUCAGCGGAGAAUUUGUGAAGCUUACUUCCAAUGCUGGCUUCGUGAAUCGUGAGGAGUAUGGUGGCCAUGCCGUGUACGGAUCAGCCUUCUCCCACUACACCUUCCACUGGAGCCAUGGUGCCCUCUUGGUCUCCGACAUCCAGGGC